GUUGCUCCAGGAUCCGACUUGGUCCAACCAUGAUCUUCCUGCUGCUUCUCACGCCCAGCUUGGUCCUUUGCGACGCCAAUGCCACCGUCGCCUGGGAAGAGGCACCGUCUACCACCAGCCCCAUGGUAGACAUGCAGAAGAAAAUCAACGAUCUGUGGUUGAGUUUGCUGUACCCGCAACUCUACGACGAUAUCCUCAAAGCCAACCGGACAGCUUACGCUUGCUGUGUUGCCCAACCCAGUAGCAAGUUAGAGGAGGGUAAACCACGAGUGACGGGCCUGGUUUUGUUCAAGCAGUUGUACCCCCAUGGAAAGCUGGCGGCCCUUUUCAACUUGACGGGCUUUCCCACGGAAGCGAACACCUCGGCGAGGGCCAUCCACAUUCAUCAAUACGGCGACCUGAGCGAUGGCUGCGAUUCUGCUGGAGGGCACUAUAACCCUUGGAAAGUCAACCACCCCCAUCAUCCUGGGGAUUUUGGGAACUUUAACCCUAACGGGGGCAACGUUCAGAAAUUGAAAUCGAACCUCAAAGCUACCCUCUUUGGACCCCAGACCAUUCUCGGUCGGUCGGUGGUGAUCCACGAGAAGGAGGAUGACCUGGGAAAGGGCAAGAACGAAGCUAGUUUGGCUCAUGGGAAUUCUGGCCCACGCCUGGCGUGUUGCGUCAUCGGCACGUGUAAGCAGGAGCUGUGGGACAAGCUCUUCCCCAAGGUUCCAGCCAAAAGGAAGAAAAGGGUGACAAAAGCCGGCUUGGCUUGAGGGUUGGCUGACAUCCCGAAUGGCCGAUCGACUGAGUUUGGAUCCGUUAAGCGGGUUGCAACGGAAGUUUCCCUUCUGUAAAUGUUAAAAUAGGCUUUAGUGAAUUCUUCUCUCUAGAAGCAGAUCAAUAAUAAAGAAAAACAGGACCAGC